AUGGAGACCAUCAACAACCUUACUGCCGCUGCCACCAAGGCCGUCUGGGGAGAUAACGAAACCGGCAACAAGGAGCCUGUCUCUGGGGUCAAGGGUGAUACCGCCCGCGGCGAGCCCUACGACGCUGGUAACCUGGAAACACCUCUACAAGAGAAGGCAGCACAUGACUACGGAAGACACGGUGAAGAGCGCACAACCGACCUUGGACGGGAAGACCCCAUUUCAAAGCCAACCGAAACCACAACUGCCGGUUCGACCACAGCACCGGUUUCCGCUCCUGCUCCCGCUCCCAACCAUGCCAAGGACACAUCUGCCGGCCAGAACGACACCCGCACCCCAGACCAGGCGGACAAGGGCAACAAGGAUCUCCACGAUGUAGACGACACCUCUGAGGGAACCGAUGUCAAGCUUGGCGAAGGCCCUGGCCCCCGUCCUAUCGAGAAGCUCGCCAAGGAGUUUGGGGGUGAUGCAGGAAACGCUCCCGUAGAGGGAACUUCCCAUGCCCCUGGUACAGAGGUAGGCUCCGAGGAAGCUGCCGAUUCAUCCAAGAAGGAGAAUGCGCCCCACGACCCUAAGGAGGACGAGUACGUCACUGCCUCAGGUUUUGUUGCUGAUGGCGGCGACUUCGACGCCUCUAAGCCUGGAGCUGGACAAGAGGCAGACCGUCUGAUGGAGCAGAAGGGUAUUCAUCUCGGUGAGAAGGGCAGCUCAGAGCCCUCUCACACUGAAUCGCACUCCAGCAGUAAGCACCACGGCUCUCACGAUGACAAGGCCGACAAGAAGGACAAGCCCAGCCUGGGAGAGCGCAUCAAGGCCAAGCUUCACAAGCACUAA